GCCUCUCCGGCAGGCUCAUCGACAUCGCCCUCGGCGCGGAGCCGAACGCGUCGCAGACGGCGCGCAACCACGCGGCCAAGGUGGUCGAGUACACCAGCGCCUCGCCGCCCCCAAGCCAGCAAGUGCACAUGUGCGUCUCGCUCCACCUCUCGCUCCUCUCCAUCGUGCGGCCGCUGGUCCGCACGCCGGCCACGUCGCUCCUCCGCGAUCGCGAGAGGAGUCCGCAAACGUCCCUGCAGCUGGCGGAGGCGCUGGUGCCGUUGCGCCGGCCGGCGCCGGCGCACUGGCGCGACCGCGACAUCUCUUGGUCCAAUCCACAGGGAUCCGUCCUCACGCAGGUCCACGACGACGUAUGGCUCGCCGAGCGGCCCUUCUUCCCGCGCCUGCCCGGGCUCCAGGGCACCGACGUCGGCGGCAAGAUGGCGGUGGUGCGGCUUCCCGACGGCACGCUGUGGGUGCACUCGCCCGUGGAGCUCGAUUCGGCGCUGCGCGAUGCGCUGGCCGCCCUCGGGCCAGUACGCCACGUGGUGACGCCCAACACGGAGCAUCAGAAAUACGCGUCCGACUGGCUGCGCGAGUACCCGGAGGCGACCGGCUACUCGUGCCCGGGGCUGCGCGAGUCCAAGCCGGAGGUCGGCUGGCAUCGGUCGCUCUCGUCGCUCCUCGACGCCCCGAGUGGCCUCACCUCGGCGAGCGCCCCUGCUGAGUGGUGCAGCGCCAUCGAGCUUUGCUGGGUCGAGGACAGAGUGCCACUCACGCGCCGCCUGCCCUUCUUCAAUGAGGUUGUCUUCUUCCACCGGCCCUCCCGCUCGCUCAUGUGUGCGGACCUGUGGUGGAACUACCCCGACUACGCUGACGCCGACGCCGACUUCCAGGUGCCGCGCUCCACCCGCCUCUGGAAGUGGGGGAUGGACGUGGUCUACAAGCCAGUGUACAAUAGGCUGAUGAAAACAGACUCGUGGGAAGAGAGCUAUCGUGUCAUCGCGGGGUGGGAGUUUGAGACCAUCCUGCCGUGCCACGGGGAGCCGGUGGCGGAAGAUGCCAAGAAGGUGUUGGCAUCACACUUGGCCAUGGCAGGGUAGAUCUCUGGAGGCGUGGACAACAUGGACUCGACCUUCCGCGGUGCUCGUUCUUUUUUCCCUUCGUCUUUCAUCCCGCUCGCUGCGUCCGCCCCCGCGGACACGGGAGACGCGUGGGUUUGAGUAGAAGUGUUUUGUGACGUACGUGUGGUGGACAUGGAUACAU